ACAAUAACUAGAGAUAAACUAAAAAUAUAAUUUAUCAAUGGCGUUACAUCUAGCUCUAUGUAUCUGUGUUUAUCUGUUGUUUACACAAAGCGCACAAUGCAACAUUGAUGAAUAUGAUUGUAUUGAUAUAUACAAACAACCGGCUUUUCAACAUCCAUUGUUGAAAAAUCACAAGAUUCAGGAAACAUUCAACUUAGAUGGAAAUAUUGAAAGAAGCAACAAAUAUAGCACACAAGAGCAUUGUCCAAAAGGAACAGUUGCAAUUUUAAGACAAGGAAACGAAUCACAGAGCGUUCGUUUGAAUUCAGUCGAGUUUUAUGGUCAACACUAUGCAGCAAUUGAGACAAUGCAAAAUGGAACUAUCUAUCGAGGAGCUGAAGCAGAAAUAAGUAUUCAUGAAUUAUUAAUAUUGACCAACGGUCAAUACAGUAAAAGUCAAAUAUGGUUAGAGAAUGGACAUGCAGGUCAAGUCAAUAGUAUACAAGCUGGUUGGACAAUAAGUGUGCAUCCAAGAUUGUAUGGUGACAAUAUCACACGAUUAACAAUAUAUUGGACUAGAGAUCAUUAUCAAAAAACAGGAUGCUAUAAUACACAAUGUCCUGGCUUUGUGGUUGUAAGUCGAAAACUUAUUCUUGGAAAAGGAUUCUGGGGGUCAUCCGUCUAUGGUCAAAAGAGCCUUACCUUCCGAAUGCAAGUUAUUCAGGAUGGCUCCAGUGGAAAUUGGGUUCUUAAAUUCUUUGAUGAAGUGGUUGGUUAUUGGCCCAAAGAAUUAUUUACACACUUAAACAAAGGGGCUUCUCUAAUAACAUUUGGAGGAAAUACUUAUUUAUCUCCAUCUGGAAUUAGUCCUCCUAUGGGAAACGGACAUUUUCCAAUGACAGAUUUAAAAAAGACAGCAUAUUUUAAAAACAUCUUCGUUAUAAAUUCGAACCACAAGAAGGUGUAUCUAGAGAAUAAGAAAACAAGACUUGUUGCUGGCACAUAUAGUUGCUAUAGGGUAACAUAUUUGGAUUACCUUAAAUCCACCGGAUUGGCCUUCGCAUUUGGAGGACCUGGUGGUCAAUGUGGUUUUUGA